AAUAAACGUAUUAUUCACACAAAUUUAACAUAUUUAUCAUUGCUCCACUGUACAAAGCAUAACAGCCCUGGCUGUUGGCUGAUAACGGCGAAGAAGCGGCACAAAAGAGACAGCGUGAAGCAUUCAAAUGCAACAGCGGCAGCGUCGCGUCGCUUUUCAUUUUGAUGUGAAAAAAAAAGAAAAUAGAAAACGUGCAACGUGUUAGUGGAGCACGACCCAACGCAGCGUUAUCAGCGUUGAAUAUAAAUGAAGAGCAACAAAAUGGACGCUACUUUUGCUGGCUUAAAGUACCCAAAGCUCGAUGGUAUUGAGGUGUCUGACGAUUAUGACGAGGAAGGGGAGGAAGAAGACGAUGAGGAGGAAGAGGAGGACGGCGAGUCUGCCGAAUCGGGCUCAACAAGUUCAUUUAGUCUGCAAGAGUGCAUAAACGAGUUUCGUGCGCGUCGCAUACGGCGCGUUUCCACACACAGUCGCGAACGCGACAUGACAGAGCAAGUGCAGUCAGCAGCGCAGCCCGCUGCUGCGGAUGCGCAUUUGAUAAAUCAGAAUCGUUGCAACAAGGCGCAGGAGCGCAAGGGUAAACCGUGUAAGAACGGUUUUUGUUAUUGCUUUACGAGCGACAGUGGUGACUGCGCGUCGACUGCGCCGCCGCCACGUGAGUGGCACGUGCGUCAGCAAAAACGCAGCAGGCGCACUGAAACUAAUAAGGCAAAUCUAACGCAGCCGCCACCGCCUGCCAAUCAGCGUCGACUGAGCAGCCAGCCAAAGCAGCUAACGGUACCGACAACAACAGUGGGCGGCAGACCCUUAACAGCUAUUAGCAGUCUGCACGCUGUGGACAAAGAUGCGCCACUUAUACAUAUUAUACAGGAGCUGCGCGACAAUUGCGUCAUUUCUGAGAUACGCGUCAACAGGGAAAAGCUGCCACAGUCUACGCACAGUCUACAGCCAAAGCAAAGCAAUCCAAAACAACAGCGUGUAAAAAGAAUGCAAAGUGAUCAGUGCAUAGAGUACCAGCCCACAGCGCCAGUGUUAUCCAACAUAAGCGAAAAGGAAACCGAGCUAAGCGAUGCGCUGCCCACUAGCCCCUUGGCUGGAAAUAGUCCGCGUCGCAGCAGCAGUAGCAACGGUGGGCGUUUACUACAAAAGCGUCUCUCGCAAGGCCAAGUGAGCUUCAAAGCGCGCGAUGUACUGUUGCCACCGCCAAAGCCGCCGCGACGCAGCGCACAGAGUCUCGAUGGUAAAGUCUCUUUAUCAUCGUUGAGUUCGACGACGCCGUCGCUGCGCGAAGCGGAGCGCGUGCUGGAUGAGUUCUUGCGCAAGCGUGGCGUGCCAUUGCCCAAAGAGCAGAUCAAAACCAAGAGCCCACACAAACGCAAGUCGUAUCCAGCGGCUGAGCGAUUGAAGCCUGUGUGCGAGCUGCCGCUGCCUAGUUGUCCUUCUCUAAGCGAUCUGGAGCGCGCUGUGGAGUCCAAGCGCGGCACACACUAUGCCAAAAAUAUAUCCAGCGUGGCCGACAAGCCCCUGAAGCACAUACAACUGGGCUGGACGGAGCCCAAGAUUAAUGACAUGCUCAACUGUGAUGUCAACAAGCAAACGCAGUUCAAGACGCUUGCGGCAGAGCCCGCACCACAAGCACCCAGCUCCAUAGGCUGGCAGUUGCCUGUUGUGCCCAAAGUCUCUUUGGAUACAGUGGACGGUCUAAGCUCGAAUCUAGCGCGUAAUUUGGAGCAUAAACAUACGCCCAUUAAAUAUCACACCAGUCAAAAGUUUAUCUGGGGCGAACAGUGGCGCAAUCUGUCACCAAAAACCGGCAACUUGGGCAAAAAAUCCAAAAAGUUUCUCAACAAAUCCAAAAACAAAAUCUUGCGUUUUGUUUCACCCAAGAAAUCAAAUCGAGAGGAACAGCGAUCGCAGCCACCAGAGCAGCGCACGCCUGUCAAGCUAUGCACAGUGGGCGUGCAAACCAGUUCCAUAUCGCUGCAGUCGUCACAGUCGCCACCUGGCAGCUACCAUUCGCCCGUGCAGUCGACGACGCUUAGCUCCAGUCAACAGCCGCAAUACAAGGAAAGCUCCACCACGCAGCAGUAUUUUGAUUUUGAGCGUCAAGUUAAACCGCCUACGCCACCUAAGAAGUUACCACGUGCUCAGCGCGCACGCAAACUGAAUUUCCAAAGCGAAGCAACUGCACCUGCUCCAAGCUACCGCUCGUAUCACAAGGAUUUGGAUAAGGAUGUGAGCAUCAGCAAGAUGGGCUAUCUGCUGAGCAAUAUACGCGCCAAACUGGAGGCCAGCGAUGAGCGUGCCAUGCGAACCUUUCGGGAAUGCUCAAGCUUUGCGCCCUUGGAACAGACGGCAACAACUAGCCAUGGCUUUGACUGUAUAGAUGGACCACGUAGCCGUACUCGACGGCAAGUGGCGCAACAGCGACGUGAGCUGGAUAGCGAACCAAUUUACUCAGAGAUUGAAGAGGAUUGCAUUCACAUAAGCGGCAGUCCACAGUUUGAUGUGCGAACUGAAGCUCAAAUAGCUUUAGCAAACGCUACGCCCACAUCUACACUCGCUUCAACCACAACGGUUAUGGUUAAGGAAAACACAGCUAGACCGACGCCCACAUCGCCAGCAACAGACAGUAGCGCGAUCUAUGCUCAGGUGCAAAAGCGCAAGAAAUCAACGACAGCAGCUGAGCCAAGACCUUUGGGACAAUGCCUGCAGGAAUCGCUGUUAAACGGCAGCUUCUUUCAGUUUAUGCCGCUGCCCAGUGAGCCCAGCAGCGAUUCCAGCUACUGUCAUCCUAAUCCUAUAACAGAGCAGCCCACUUUGCCGCUGCAUCAAUCUUUAAAUAAUAUAAGCGAAAAGCAUUCGCCGCCUAAGAAAAAUCGCAAUCUGUCCAAGUCGGAGUUGUCACUGCAGCGCAGUGAAAUCUUCUUGGAGAACUUGUGCCGCAGCGAAAUUGUGCUGGAUCAGCAGGAUAACUUGCGCCUAGAGAAAGUGCAAAAUACUGCUGUAGACACUGAUGCUGUAAGCUAUGACUUGCCCAAUGAGCUGUAUGCAGAUUAUGCUGUCAACGAAGCCAAUGCCAGCGGCAGUUGCUACACCACACAUAAUCAGAGUCAAUACGGAUCCGUACAGCUGGAGCCGCCACCACCCUCAUCCGAUAAUCAGAGCACACCAAAGAAGCACCACCAACGCUUUACAACUAAGCCCAAUCAGUCGCUCAGCAUUGACAUAAACGAUGGUCCCACUGUGCAUGCGCAGAAUGUUAGCCAGAGUUGUCCCAGCACGCCACAGCAGCCGAAUCUACCCAGCAGCUUGCAGCCGGCGCAUAGCAGUCUGGGUGAGCUCACCGCAACGCUGCCCAAUGAGAGUCAGCUGCUGUCGGUAAGCGCCUUGGCACGCUAUCGUCUGCUUAAGGAUGCAGUGCGUCGCAGCUAUCGCAAGGGCAAACACUUUAUCUUGUCGGAGAAGCAGCGUUUGACACACAGUCUCAGCUUCUCACGCGAUCAAUCCAAUCAGACUGACGGCGAUAUGGACAGCAGCACUUACUAUGCCAGCUUCAAUCUCGACUCGCUGCUCAAUGAAUCGCUUAGCACCAAUGAGCAGCUGGCACAGGCUGUUAACAUAUGUCGUCAGCUGCCCGAGCUGGAAAUCUCGGCUGAAAUGGUCGAGGCAGAGCGUCUGCUGCUCUUCGCCGCACUGCAGCAUAAGCAGCCAGCAGCAGUUGAGCAACAGUUGAGACACAACAGAGAGGCACAGGCUUUGCUUAUAGACGGCAUGCGGCUGCCGGUGAAAGCGGAUGCUAGUCAGGACAUGUUCUUUAACUACUAUUACAUAUGCACCUUCGAGUGUGACGGACAAAUACAUUCCACGCAGUCUGUGGAGUGCCAGCAAGGCGCCGCAGUGUUUCGCGAUUGCGGACUGGAGUUCUAUAGCAGCAGCCAGGCGCAAGGCUUGGAGCUGCGUUGUCAGAUAUUUAUGCUGCGACUGCGUAAGGUGUCCACGCUGGCGCUGGAGCCAGCCAAAACGCAGUUGCAACGCUCGGCUUCUGCCAGUUCAAGCAGCAGCUCACAGUGCGAUCAAAUUGUUUCUCGCUUUCGUCUGCAUGCGUCGUUCAAGCUGCAGGCGCAGGACCUGCGACCCUUUGAGCUGGUGCUGAGCGAAACUAAGUCUAGCAAUAAGUUGUGCCUGCGUAGCUCAAGCAGCUGGCAACUGCCGCUUACAACACACACCAAAUCCUCAAAUUUAAUGCCGCAGCUGCAGCUGACUGCACGCGUCGAGCUGCGUCUGCCCAAGCGUCAGCAUAGUGGCUAUCUACAUGUACAAUUGGCGGAUCACAAACACAAUUGGAAUCGACGCUGGUGCAGCUUGCAGGGCUUAAGCCUGGAGAUUUGCACACAUGAGCAGAAUCUGAAUGAGGAGCCGCCCUUGUUGGCGUUGUCGCUGCAGCUUUGUGCGCAGCAAGAACUCAGCGUGGCGCCACGUGAAAUGUGCGCGCGUGCUCGCAGCUUUUAUUUGCUUUGUGGUGAGGAUGCAGCAGUUUACUUUGCUGCAGAUACGCAGGCGGAGUUGGAGGCCUGGUUGCGUGAGCUGAACGAGGCGCUGUCCAUCAAACAGCACUGGCUAAGCUGCAAUUAGUUUUUGUUUGUAUUUAUUAUUUAUAUUUUUAAAUUGUUUAACUAGUCUAACAUAUCGAAGCAAGACUGUAACCGCCCCAACUCAUUCCAAUUCGAAUACUUGUUGCUUAUGUGGGGCUGUUCAUAUGCACAACAACAACAGUUUAUUAUACAUACAUAAUUUACAUUGGGGAUUAGUAGUAUACAUGUGUUAUAUAUAGUUAUAUA